AUGGGACAUUCUCCUCUUUUAGAAGGAAAAAGAAAUGUACAGAGUGGAGAAACCCACAACACAAGGAGUGUGGAAAGCCUGGCAGAUCCAGAAAAGAAAUACACUGGAUGGAAGCUUAUUGGCAGAGGGGGUUUUGGAACCAUUUAUAAGGCCUUUGACACUGCCACAGGACGAGUGGUGGCCAUAAAGAAAAUUGAUCUCCAGCACCAGGGCUGCAAGAAAAUGUUGAAAGAAAUCCUGGUCAUGAGGGAAAAGAAGACCCCCAAUAUUGUUACCUACCUAGAAAGCUACCUUGUCAGUGAGGCUGUCUGGCUGGUGUUGGAGUACAUGGACGGAGGCUCUUUAGCAAAGGUGGUCCGCAAGAAAAGGAUGGCUGUAGGACACAUAGCAACAGUGUGUUGGGAGUGCCUGAAAGGCCUGGCUUUCCUUCAUGCCAAUCAGGAUCACAGAGACAUCAAAAGUGGCAACAUCCUUCUGGGCCGGGAUGGCUCCGUCAAGUUGGCUGAUUUUGGCCUCUGUGCUCUGCUCAGCCCUGAGCAGAAGAAACGGAGGUCAAUGGUCAGGACAACUUGCUGGAUGGCACCCAAGGUCAUGAGAAGAGAGCCAUAUGGGCCUAAGGUAGACACCUGGUCCCUUGGCAUCGUGGGAAUAGAAAUGGCCAAAGGAGAGGCUCCUUAUGUUCAGGAAAGCAAUGACAGGGUUCACCUGGUAGCAAAGGAACUGAAGUAUUGCAGUGAUGGGGAAGGAGGCCUGCAGUGGGGCUUGAAGAACACAACAAAAGCAGUCCCUGCCAAGCGGUUCCAGAUUGGUCUGUGGGAAGGCAAGGGCUGUGGGGGGGCUGACUGUGACCCUCAGAGGGCACCCAGCUUGUCCCUCCUGCCCCACUCUUAG